ACACAUAAAUCAAACCAUUAACGUGAAAUAGUAUGCGUACAGUAAUGCGUACAAUACUACGCAAAAUCUCUUUUAUUCGGUUAACGCUGGCUUCUGGGAUGAUGUCAUGUCGGGAUGGAUACAGCCGCAUCCGAUCACCGUUAACGAUUCGACACCGCAUAGGCUGGAUGUUGCGCACCCUGCGGCGACGACUAUGGUUCUCGGUUACUUGGCCACCUGUGCGACCAUCAUUCUUACAGCAAUCCUCAGCAUCUCCUUCUUUUACCUGGUAGCCGCCAACCGCCACUGGGCGUAUCCCAAAUCAGAGGACCAUCUGCCACACUGUCGUGGGUUGGCGGUGUUUGCCCGGUACGUUCGAGUGGUCGCGAAAAUUCGUUUGCCUGUGUAUUUAAUGACUACGCUGUAUGUGGCUAUCGGCAUGGUCAGCGUCGUCGCUUGUUAUGGUGGAUGGAUAAUCUUGAACGUUCUACCGAUGGUUAUUCUGGGAUGGUUGUCACUGACACUGACCAUCGCUGUAUUUGGACCAACCGCGGUGUUCCCUGCCUGUAUCCUCUUCGCUAGUAUACUGACCGUUUAUUGCACCGGUCGGAUUUGGGGAUUGUGGAUGAAUGACACCUACUUAGCUGUGCUUAAAAAGGGAUGCAGGAAAUUGGUCGCCGCGAAAUGGAUCGUGGAAUCUUUAUCGAUCGAUUUCCCAGAAUAUGAGUCCGUAGGGUUUGAGAAGAUCAGAGGAUUUGAACACAUAGAAGAUGCAAUUUGCAGCUUCUAUACCUUUGGUUUCGGAUGCAUUGCCGUCUACGACAGCGUCUGGCCGUUGUGCCAGUACUUCCCCUUCGUCGAUCAUUGGCUAAGCAACACCGGAGGGGCUGACUGGAGAUAUUGGCGCAUUUUCAAUUUGGCGGAUGCCUUCGAUAAAAAUGGAACGAGAUUCUAUCAAGAGCCCGCAAUGUUGUCAUACUGGGUGGAUCUGCAGUCGGCAGAACUGCGUGCGAUGCAUUCCUUUAGUUCCGAUCUCCUGGCCAGGUUCACACCGUUCUUCUCACCCGCCUUUGGCUGGAUGUUCCUGGUGUGGUGCGCAGUGCUGACUAUCGCCAGCGGCGUGCAUUAUGUCAUCCUUGCUCUCAUCAUCUUGUUCGCCGGUGGAUUACUCGUCCAUGGAGGCGCCAGUUUCUGCUGUGACGUAUGGCGUAAGCUUGCUUCAGUCAAGCGUUGUGUGGAAGCCGGGGACAGGGAUAAAUCGCACGUAUUAACUGCCGACGCUGUGGCGCCGGAGAUUCCGGAUAGCGCGCCGAUGGAUCGUUUACCAGUACUGGCUAGCGUGGCGCUGGAUGGUUCCUGCAUUGUGCCAUCGCAUGAAUCGCAGGGAGGAGUCAUUGACAGUCAAGUAAUCCCGGCAGUCAAGGAGGAAUCCGAUGCGCAAGGGUCUGUCUUAUGCGCAUCCAAGGCUCCUGUACCGGCCGAUGCCGAGAAGGUGGAGCACUUCUGCGCAUGUCUGAUCGUAUUCCGCAACGCUUGGCUGUUCAUACUGGCCGCCCAUUGCCCGUUGGUCUGCGGCGUAUGGCUGCCGUAUUCCUUGGUGGGUCUGUUCCUGCCCGAACGUCUGCAGCUGCCUGGCCUCCUGCUGCUGCUAACGGCCUACGUCGUUUGCAUGUACGGCUUCUCGGUUAAGUUUGUGCGGCAGAUGCAAUGCGGGAUGCGAUCCAUGUGUUUUGUGGAUGACAACGGCCAUCGUCUUGGCUGCAAAUGCAUUGACCGUACUGCGAUUAUCUGUCCCGAGCGCCCAGCGGAAUCGUACCCCACGAAAUAA